AUUACAUAAUUGUGUCAUUUCAUUGGUCUAUUAAGUUACCCAGUAGCUCACAGCUUCGUUGAAAGUAAAAUUAAAUUUUUUUUGUAUUUUAAACCAGCCGUAGUUCGUAAACUUUCGAACUUCAGGAUGAAUGAGUUAGUGUUCGCUGUGAUUUGCUCAAGCAACAUGAAUCGCAGUAUGGAAGCACAUGCAUUUUUAAGCAAAAAGGGCUUCAAGGUAAGGUCGUUCGGAACAGGAGACAAGGUGAAGCUUCCUGGACCUGCACCAGACAAGCCAAACUGCUAUGAUUUCGGAACGUCUUAUGAUGAUAUAUAUAACGAUCUUUUAAGGAAAGAUAAAACUUUAUACACACAAAAUGGGUUAUUGCACAUGUUGGAUCGCAACAGACGAAUAAAGCCGGAGCCCGAAAGAUUUCAGAUAUGCCAAGACAAGUUUGAUAUCAUCAUCACGUGUGAAGAACGUGUUUACGACCAAGUUUUAGAAUUCUUAGAGGCUAGAAUCCCAGAGGAAAAUGCUCCAGUUCAUGUCAUUAAUAUAGAUAUCCAAGAUAACCACGAGGAAGCAACUAUUGGUGCAUUCAUGAUUUGUGAAUUGGCUGUACUUCUUUCAACUACAGAAGACUUAGACAAUGAUAUUGAUGAACUUUUACAUGAAUUUGAAACAAAAUGUCAACGAAAUGUACUUCACUGUGUACAGUUUUAUUAGGAUUGAAAAGAAUCAGUUUGUCUAUAGGUUCAUUCCUUUUUGUAUGAUCAUGAUUGAAACUGAAACUUUUUGUAAUUUUAGAUACAGUAUUUUGUGUUAUCUACAUUUAAAAGUGCUAUUGACAUGUAUCUGAUUUUAAGUAAUUGUACAGAUUUCACCAAGGAUAUGACCAAGGACAAUUUUGGUGCCUCUGUAUACCUCUCAAGUCUUCAAGUUUAGAGGGAUUCCAGGUUUAGGUAUACUGUACAGUGACAACUCAGCUUAGCAAACACUCUGGGGGUCUGGCUUUUUGAUGAGCAACAAAGUCUGUUAACUAACCACAAUCCUACAUUAUAGACUUCACUUGAAUAUUUUGUAGAUAUCUUACAGCUAACAGCGAUUCCACAGUUCCUAAACUAAUCUAACUUGUACUUUACACUUGACAUUCAAUAUAAGAGAUUUGUUUAGAAAUGUAAUACAUCUAAAAUGGUACCAUAUAAAAAAAUUAUCACAAUAACAUAGCUGAUAAGUGCAGGAAUCUGUUAAGUUGAAGUUUGUUAAGAUGCGAGUCACUGUAUUUUACAAGUACUCUAUUUGAAGGUGUUUUACAAGUACUCUGUAAGUUGGAUAAAUGCUCAUGUAAAUCUUGUCUUGUAUUGCUUUAGUCUAGGAAUGGUGUGAUGAUUAGUAUCUUAGGUUUAAUUUUACACUUGUUUUUGUAGAUCAUGUAUUGUGGAAAGAUAUGUUUUCUGCAAUAAAGAAUGAUCUGUUUUAAAGUUUAAUAAGGUGUCCUCUAAGUAACAUAACAGACUUGAUGCUUUGUGGUGCCAAAUCUAUAAUUCAUGAAAUACAGUACGUAAUGCAAUUCAUCACUUUGUUUAUGCAUGCAAUAUUUGUUUUUCUUAAAGUAAUGUAAAGAAAACAGAAAUAAUCUGAUGAUAUUUUGAAACUAUACCCAAAACUGGUCAGAGUAUGAUUUGACACAGACAGAUUUUAGGAUGGCCUUUCUAAUCUAAUCUCAAGAAUGACUUUACUAAUGCAAUAUUAGUCAGGACUUGUAAAAAUGUCCUAUACUUGACUGAUAAACAGAUUAAGAAAUAAAAAUUGGUGGUAAUGAGUAGUAUAUACAGUAUAAAAUGUAAUAAAUUAUGAAAAAUUUCAUUUUCAUUGUGAUUUUAAAAAAGCAGAUAAGAGUGCAGCUGGUGCAUGUUGUAAGGAAGGUUGAGAUUCCUUAAAGCUUUAGCCUAACACCUUACCUGGUUAGCAGUCUCAAGCCUGCACACAAUCAAGAUAUUCUUGACUGCUUUCUAUAUUGUUUGCAAGACGUGUAUUCUUAAUUAAUGUUUUUUAUUUCUUCCUCUCAUUUUUCCCUAAUACAGGAAGUCCCCGGUUAUUGGCGGACUUGGUUAAUGGCGAUCCGGUUUUAUGGCGCUUGUAAAAUAAAUUGGCAAUAUAUGGAGCCAUAAUUAGAACAGUUUCAGUUAUCAGCGCCACAAGGUGCCGCUAAUAGAGCUAUGGCGCCAUAACAUACCUAACAGAGGUGCCAUUAGCUUGUUAUUGGCACCAUAAAUCGCAGUUUCAGCUAAUGGCGAUUUUUGCUUAUCAACACCCCACUGGGAACAGAACUCCUGCCGAUAACUGGGGACUGCUUGUAGUUGCUCCUCAUAAUUAUCUGCCUAUGUAAGGAAAUGCCAAAUAACUUUUUCAGAUUUUUACUCUUUAAAUGUAUUUGUGUUCCCAUCUUAUGCACAAGUUCUUUGUUAUGGCUAGAGUUUAUAUAAAAAAGUUAUUAUAUGAUACAUGACCAAGAUUUAUGGAAUUCAACAACAUUAGUUUGUUUUAAGAAUAUUACAUUAGCAAAUAUUCGGUGAACUUUGGAAUUAUAUACGUUGUAAGGAAAUGCUGUAGGAUAAGGAUGGAUUUCAUGUAGGGUUAUCAGUUAGUUAAACACAAUCAUUUCAAACCACUUGAAUUUUAAAUAGAUACUAAAUAUACCUUCAGAGUCCCUCUGUCUCUUCUUUUGAGACUACAAUGGAGGCAUCAAAAUUUAUAUAGAUAAUAUUCUUGAUGCAAUAUUCAAUAUUUUAUCUCAUUUGCAAAUGAGUUUAUUAUGGCUCAGAUGUUGCAUUUAUUUAGAUGUUUAAACACGCAAUAGCUUUUUUCAGUUAACAUAGUCCAGCAAAUAUAUCCCAAGUGGUAGUUAUAGAAGGGUUUUGUUUGCUAGACUGUGAUAGAUUUAAUUAGACGGAAUAGAUAUAUUAUAUAACCACUUGUGAAAUCUGUAUAGUAUACUACUGCAUUUAUAUAAGUAUAUACAUACUAAAGUAAACAAUGAUCCUUGAAUUGCAUAGUAUAAAAGAGUGGUCUGGUGUCAGUUUUAAAUUGGUUCUCAGAUUUUCAUUUGUACUAAGAGACUUGGAAGACUGAACACAAUAUUUUCCCAUUGUGUAAUCAUUACUACAUUUAGUUGUUAGGGCAUAAGUCUAACUUUGUGAAAAAAAAUCAUUUAAAGUAUAAUAUAGGAAUCUACAGGUUACAGCAGUAAACUGUAAUAACAUUUAGUAGUUAUUGCAGACAGGUGUUAAUGUCUGCAUUCCAUUAUGGUUUUUUUAUCAUUGUUAAAAGAAGUGUUGAUUCAGGCAUUUUAUAAAAUUUAUAUAUUGACUGUAAUUAGAUUGGGUACUUUCCAGUAAUAUACAAAAAGCAGUUUGUUGACUAAUCUUGAGGUACUAUAGUAUGUAUGCACCAGGUGAUUGGAUAUCUAUUUUAGUUAGUGUCUCAGAUUUUGCACACCAGUUUUAAACACUCAUUUGAUAUUGAAGCAGACAUAAUUUUUAAUGUUUGGAUCAGGGUCAAUGUCAACGAAAGUCACCUAUGGAUAUUGACGAUGUACCAGCAUCUUUUUUUAUGUACGUAUAUUUAAUUGUGAUGUUUAGUUAUUUUGCAAAUGAAGACCAGAGGUGGUUUGUAUUUUGUAAUUCUCUUUUGUUAGAGUUUAAUGAAACUAUUUGAUUGAUCUGAAUAUCAAGUGCACAUAUGAAAAAAUGAGUAGUUCCAUACUUAAGCACUGAAGGAUGCCAUGGUAUAAUACAGUAUUGUAAAAAUGCAGUAUAAUGUAAGUACAUAGUAGUAAUAAAUGUUAUUCUUUUUC